GACCUCCAAGAUCCCUUCCAACUCUGUUAUUCUAUUAUUCUGACCAGGCUCUGUUACAGACAUAAGUCAAGGACUACCUUGUAAAUAAAAUAACUUUUAUUCAUUGUUUUCUUUUUCUUUUCUUUAGUAGGCUUAUCAGUAAAAUAUCCCUUUAGCCAAAUGGCUCUGGCAAUUGAUUGUUGCACAAUUAAUUGUUAACAAUCGUAAUCAUAACAUUCAUUCUGAGCUUUUAAAAAGUCAUUGUAUAGAUGCCUAGUAGGAGAAACUAGAUCAAAAGAAAAACACAAUUAUUACACAAUUCCAGCCAAUGAUAUUAGUUCACAAGUUAAUCAUCAACCUGUAACACCAAUAUUUUGAACUAAAAACGAAUCAAACAUGUCUUCUUACUAGCUUUCAAGGUGCCUUGGGACUAUGUAAUGUGUUUGUUGUUAUUGUUUUGUUGUUGUAUCUCUAGGCUAUCUUUGAGGACAAUAAGAGCACAAUUAUGCAGUUCCAUCUGCCACAUUUUGUGAGGAAAAAAAGUAGCUCAGCCCUGACUCCGUUUUUCACAGACCUGGAAUGGAGAGAACGUGAUUUUUCUAUGACCCAUGGCAGAACUGGAACGAAGCAUGAUCCAAUGUUCUGUUGGCUGCUCUCCUUUUACCCUCAUCCCUUAUGGGUGGGCAGUGGUGGGAUUCAAAUAUGUGAACAACCGGUUCUCUGUGUGGAUGCCACUUCCAGAACUCCAUUCUAGGCCUGGGCAACACAGAAUUAGCUAUCGGUUCAGCCGAAGUGGUGCGAACCGGCUGAAUCCUGCCACUGUGUGUGGGGUUAAAGCUGUUUCUUUCCCUUCCCCACAAGAGGAAACAGGGAUUUUCCUGCUGAAGUCUGGUUGCCAAAGAAGGAAACAGACCAACAAGUUCUGCAAAGCAGCCUUCAGCUCAGAGGAGAAGGCCCCAUGAGGAGGCAAUCAAGAAAGUCCCACCAACAGGCAGCAGAGUAUGGGACAUACUCCCUGUUGUGCUUCGUCCCAAUGCCUGUCCUGCAAUGGGGCCAUGCUGGAGAUGGCUCUCCCUUAACCCAGAGGAGCAGGGCUCUGGAGGGCCCAUCUGAGAUCUCAACCUUCCAUAGAGCUUAUGGAGAUUCUCAGUCAUCCAGGUCAUAGUUAUCCCAAAGGUGCUUUUUCACAAGGCAACUGGACUUCCUUGUUUUUCUUUUUCUUUGAAGACGUUUCGCUUCCCAUCCAAGAAGCUUCUUGGAUGAGAAGCGAAAGGUCUUCAAAGAAAAACAAGAAAGUCCAGUUGCCUCCUGAAAAAACAGCACCUUUGGGAUUCCAUAGAUAGAGCUUCUUAGAUGAGGUCCCUCAACUUCUCGCUUUGAUUGGAAGCGCUUUUUCCCACAGAUGCAAGAGGAUCUUGCUGUGGGGUCCUCGUGGAGCCCUGGGCCUUCUCUCCGCGAGCCUUCCUCCUCUCUCUUCCUCUCCCCCAUUUUCACUCUCCCUCCCUCCCUCCUAACGCACUUUGUGAACUGCUGUCGCAAUGCCGAAGUCCAAAGUUCAGCUACUUGCCUAAGCACACAGAUAAAUAUGAACCUUGGAGAAUUUGCAUUGCUCCAAUGUAAACAGAGAGGCGAGGGUCUCUUUAUCAGGACUGGCUCAGGACAGUGGUGGGGGUCUAAGGCAGCUUUUUUUCUUUUUUUGGUCUUGGGGAAAUUGGGGAGGGGGUUGCCAAGAGAAGAUCUGCGGCCAUUUCUAGUCUGCUGACGGCUGGACGGCUGACUUCGGAAGUAUGAUGUAGCCCCUAAAAGGAGCUCAGUGGCAAAAGGCAUCGAACGUGCGGGUUCUAGAUGAAGAGGACCGUCGGGACCAUGGUCUCCAAACUGACCCAUCUUCAGGUGGAGCUGCUGGGAGCCCUGCUGGAAUCGGGGCUAAGCAAGGAGACCCUGAUCAAGGCUCUGGCAGAGUCCGAUCUGCGCCGCAGAGAGAGCCAUCAGCCCGGCAGAGCCCUCCAAAUGGAGAAGGGGGAGCCUUGCGGUGAGAUCCCGCAUCUCCCCAAUGGCCUGGGGGAGUCCAGGAUGUCAGAGGAGGAGAUUUCGGACGAUGGGGAAGACUUCACUCCUCCAAUCAUGAAGGAAUUGGAAAACCUGAGUCCUGAAGAAGCUGCUCACCAGAAAGCCGUGGUGGAGAGGUUAUUACAGGAGGAUCCCUGGAGGGUGGCAAAGAUGGUGAAGUCCUACCUCCAGCAGCACAACAUCCCUCAACGGGAGGUGGUGGACACCACGGGCUUGAACCAGUCCCACCUCUCCCAGCAUCUCAACAAGGGCACCCCCAUGAAGACCCAGAAGAGAGCCGCCCUGUACACCUGGUACGUUCGCAAGCAGCGAGAGGUGGCCCAGCAAUUCACCCACGCUGGGCAGAGUCUCCUGGGAGAGGACCCGAUGGGAGAGGAGCUCCCGGCCAAGAAGGGCCGGAGGAACCGCUUCAAGUGGGGCCCGGCAUCACAGCAGAUCCUCUUCCAAGCCUACGAAAGGCAGAAGAAUCCGAGCAAGGAAGAGAGGGAGGCGCUGGUGGAGGAAUGCAACAGGGCAGAGUGCCUUCAGCGCGGCGUCUCUCCGUCCCAGGCCCAGGGACUGGGCUCCAACCUGGUGACUGAGGUGAGGGUUUACAACUGGUUUGCCAACCGCCGUAAAGAGGAAGCCUUCAGGCACAAGCUUGCCAUGGACAGCUACAAUGGCUCCCAGCCCAGCUCCGUGCCCACCUUGGGGUCUCAUGGCUCCUCCUCUCUCCAGCCAGCAGCUCCUCUGUCCCCAGGCAAAGUCCACGAACCUUCUCCCCUCCAGCAGCAGCAGCAGCAGCAGCAACAAGGCCUCUCCUUUUCGGAUGCCAGCAUGAGGUACGGCCAGCAGCCAGUCAGCGAGGCCAGUUCCUCCAACAACAGCCAGCACAAUUCCAUCGCCACCACCCAGACCAUCCUGCACCAAGCCAGCUCCCCCAGCCUCUGCUCCACCGGGUCCAGCUCAGGACCAGACACCAAGCUGAUCUCUGCUCCAGGGGGCUCGCUCCCCCCCGUCAGUACCCUGACAGCCCUGCACAGCCUGGACUCCAACCCACACGCUCUGAGCCAUCAAACACAGAACCUCAUCAUGACCUCCCUCCCGGGGGUCAUGGCCAUUGGCCCUGGAGACACAUCUUCGCUUGCACCCACGUUCACCAACACGGGGGCCUCCACCUUAGUCAUUGGUCUGGCUUCCACGCAAGCGCAGAAUGUCCCUGUGAUCAACAACAUGGGCAGCAGCCUCACCACCCUGCAGCCGGUCCAGUUCUCCCAGCAGCUGCACCCGUCCUAUCAGCAACCAAUCAUGCAGCAGGUCCAGGGUCACCUCAACCAGAGCCCCUUCAUGGCCACCAUGGCCCAGAUCCAGGCUCCUCACGCCCUCUAUAGCCACAAGCCAGAGAUGACCCAAUAUGCGCAUACCGGCCUUCUACCCCAGACCAUGGUGAUCACAGAUACGGCGAACCUCAGUACCUUGGCCGGCCUGAUGCCAACCAAACAGAUCUUCACGUCAGACUCAGAGACUCCCACGGAAUCUGGGAUCCCAACCAGCCAGCCUUCAGUCCUCUUGCAGGGCCAGGAAAGCUCCAUCCAGUCGCACCUUCAGUCGGGCUCCCGCCUGACCUCCAGCCCCCCCGUCUCCUCCGGCAGUUUGGUGCUUUACCAGAGCUCCGAUUCCACCAACGGCCACUUGCUGCCCUCCACCCACGGCGUGAUCGAGACCUUCAUCUCCACCCAAAUGGCUUCCUCCACACAAUAACCCGGCUGGCCACUUGGACAUUCAGCAGCCCUUGCCUGAAGCUCGGAGGCCUUCUCCUGCAGCCGCUCCUGGGAGGGAAGGCCAGUCCGGGCCCCUGGCUGCUUCCUCUGCCAGGAUUUGUAUGGCUGUUUCUCCCCCACCCCACCCCACCCCCAUGCUGUAAUUUCAGAACUCCAAGCAAAAAUGUGCACCAAGCAAAGAGGAGGCAGAGAUGGAGCUUUUGCGCUGCUGAGAAAAGCUAGAGAAAGCAGACCGGAAGAGUCUGCAGUGGGCCACCUUCUUUGAUCUGGGGCUGGCUGCUGAGGGACAAGUGAUGGAGGAGUAGAAGAGCAGCGAGGCUCCUUCUGCUCUUCAGAUGGGCUCCCAGAACAAGUCUCGGAGGAAGGACAAAGCAGAGUUGGAGCAAGGAGAGAAAAAAGGGAGCACUCAUCCGCCGUAAAGGAUGCAGAACAGGUGCACACCUGGGGCACUGAGCCUUGGGGAACUUGCUGUCCAGCCAGACUGAAGAUGGCUCUGGUUGCAGGGAGUUCCUGGCUGGUCCUUGGCCCACAGGCAACCCCUCAGGCUCGGCCCCAGGUGGAAACGGCAAGGAGAG